AGAAGAAGAGACAGCAAGCGAAGAAGAAAAUGCGUGCGCAGGCGCAGUGGCAUCACCAACGCACAAGCUCGAAGACUCUGGAAUAAUGUUUUGGUUUAAUGGCACCAUUCCCGAUGCCAUACAUUUGGCUAAACAGCGGAGUUUCAUCUUUGUCGUCGUCAUUGUUGGGGAAGAUGAACAAUCCGCGAACCUGCUGUCAAGCUGGGAGGACGCCAAUGUCUCAGAGACUGCUCACAACGGCUGUGUGGCCGUUAAAGUCGAUGCCAAGAGUGAUAUUUGUGCGCAGUUCUCCCAGAUCUAUCCAGUGGUGUGCAUUCCCUCCAGUUUUUUUAUUGGCGAGAACGGUAUCCCUUUGGAGGUCAUCGCUGGCAGCGUGUCUGCCACAGAACUUGGGAAUAGAAUCGACAGUGUGAAGCAGCUGCAUGCGGAACAAAUUGGAAAACAAGAAACAACUGCUCCUACGAUGAUCAGCGCAACACAACCUGCCCUGGCUCCACCCUCAGUCCCAUCCGUGCCCCUCAAAUCAACAGAAGAAGCAGUGGAAGGCUUAGAGCCUGGACAGGCAGCUGGGGCUGCUGCCUGCAGCCAGUCAACUGCAGAAAUCGAAUGUCGAGACACAAGUUUAAGUGGUCCGAAAGAAACAAAGCUGGAUGCAAAAGUGCAAAGAUUAAACAAAGCAGAGGACAGACAAACUGCAUUAGAAGAUGAGUACCGAGGGGAAAGAGCCGCACGAUAUGCCAAAUUCCUGGAAGAAAAAGCUAAGAAAGUAGCACUACAGAAGGAACAGGCAGAGGAGGAGGAAGCAAGGAAGGAGGCGCUUUUGAGACAAAGGAGCACCAUUACAAGGCUCCAGUUUCGCCUCCCAGACGGAUCAUCCAUCACCAACAAGUUCCCCUCACAGAACAAACUGCAGGAAGCUCAUCAGUUUGCUGUUCAGGAGGUUGGAAAUCGCUUUGGUAGCUUCUCCAUGGCUACCAUGUUCCCUCGACGGGAGUUCACCAGUGAAGAUCUCCAUAAGACGUUUCUGGAACUCGAUCUCGCUCCAAGUUCUACAAUUGUACUUGUGCCUUGUGGCAGGGCUUCUGCGGUGGUUUCAUCAUCAGCUGGUGGUGUCUGGGCGAUUCUGAGCACGCUCUUCUCCCCUAUCCUCAGUGUGUGGCGACUCCUGAGCUCCAUGAUGUUUGCGACCGAACCGCAGGAAACAUCCACAAGCUCUUACACCAACUCUGCAAGUCGCCCUGAUAAAUCCAAACGGGAAUCUCUUUCCACCCCUGCAGAAAAACGUCCCAAGAACUUCAAGAAAGACGGGAAAAUCUGCCAGCUCAAGACUGAAGACGAUAGCGAGGACGACAACAACACCUGGAACGGGAACUCAACUCAGCAAAUGUAGCUUUAUCAUCAAUAGCUCCCUUUCUGUGAGUCCUCCUGCACUGCUCCGGUUGCCUUAGUUUAGCCUCUGAUCCAGCCUAGCGCUGUCCUAUCUAGUCUUUAAGCACCAACUGACACGCCUCCUAAGACAAUCUGAGCAGUCCAGUUGUGAUCAAUUUAAUGCCUUGAGAAUCCUAGAUCGAUAAAUGAAUAUUGGAAUAUUCACAGGCAUGUUUCUGUAGGUGAGCUCGCAUCCAAACUCAGUAAAUGACGUUUAACAGAUAUUACUUUACUAGUUUUGGUUUUGACACAAUUUGCAACUGGUUGAAUCUGUGAGUUGUAUUUAGUUUUUCCUGACAACAGUUUAUUGAAGUUCGUCAUAAAAUUUUCCGAAUUCAUGACAUGAAUUUGGAACCUAACUUUUAUUUGUUUUCAGAUAUAUAAUAUAUGCAAGAGAGAAGACUUUGCUUACACAUUUGCAAUUCUGUCACUAAUAUAGUGCAAGAAGGUGUCACUCAUAAUUAUUCAACCUCUAUUGUAAAUUGCAAUUAUUCCCAUUAGAUGAACAAUUUAAUGAAAUAUUUACAAUGAUAGUUGAAUCAUUUGAAGUGCUACAGUAUGUUUCUAUUGACUGUAGAUGUGUGCUUCUUCCAAAACUAAAAAUAAAACUGU